ACGUUCCCGUACACGAAGUAAACGAAGAUGAUACGGUGACAUUGACUGUCGAUCGUCCAAAAGGCAAAGAUGUUGCUGUUAUUUUACUGAAAGACGGCGAGAGAUUAGAACAAAAUGAUCAUAUUAACCGCAUUGCAAACGAUAUAAAGCACACAUUUGAGAUGAAUGAAUAG